AACAGCUCCUUAAUAAUCUAAAUCUACUGCCUGCCGCCGUGUAGGCCCUGAUUCCUGGCCAGACAUUUCUGGCGUGCCUGGUAACCCGGCCAGCCAGAGGGUCCUUCUCGUUAAUAGCUGAUGUAAAGGAGCUUUAUCCAAAACCAGCUGUCUGAAACCGGAGACAGGGAGCUGUUGGUUAACUUAGCCCCAGAGAGAUGAAUCUUCGUGUGCCAUCUGCCCACCUAGGGGCCCGUAGGGGCCAGGAUCCGGGCUGGAGAAGAUCAUGGGAACCGUCCUAUUGGGACGGACUCAUGUCUGAAGUGGAGGUGGUGCCCCGACAUACCGGUCUUACGGGACGUAACUCUCCUCGGCAACAGAGCGCCAGCGAGGGAGGAAGCCACAGCCAGAAUCUAGACAGGUGUUUGCAGGAGUUGGAGAGAGUGCAGUGUCAGACCUAUUUUAAAGGAGGAAGCCCAGUCAGCAGUCCUGGCCAUGUGUCCAACGUAGAGCUUGUACCUCCAUCUCCCCCUCGACUUACCCCUGCUCGUACCCCUCGGCCGCACAGCGCCAUCGAGGGAAGACGUCAGAUGAAUGAGUGGCUGCACGAGUUGGAGAAGAUGCAGAGUGGGAACUAUUUUGAAGGAAGCCCCACUGACAGCCCAGAGGUUGAGUCCCGUCCAACGGUUCAUUUGGGUCGUAGCCCUCGCCCGCAGAGCGGCAUCGAGGGAGGUAGCCAGAAUCUAGCCAGAUUCUUACAGGAGCUGGAGAGGAUGGAGAAGGGGAGAUAUUUCGGAAACCCUGACCGAGUGCAGAGAGAUCAAGUGCAGGCCCCUUUCUACGACAGGACCGCGUCGAUGCCAACCCUUCACAAGGAACCCGUUGGCUCUGGCCUGCGUCACCACUACCAGGGCCUCCCCUCGUCCCCCUCUCUCUGCAGCCGGGACAGGGACCUCUCCCCCUGUGGGACUCUCAGCCUGUGUGACAGUUCCCUGGGCAGCCAGGAGUCCCUCAGGGCAGGAUUGUCCUCCGCCCCGGACCACAACGGUAGCUGGGAGAGGGCUAUAAUCAAGCAGGCUCCAGGGAAGGAGGAGGCUAAACUCAGCUCUCUGACUCCGGUGAGAGUGGGCUGGCUGCCCAUCCAGAGAAGGGCCCUGUUGAGGGAUGCUCCAGCCCUUGGACCCGGACAUCCACACCUUCAGGUCAAUCUAGUCAGCCAGGUGAGACUAAAACCGGCCAUUACCCCUACCUUCCGGAAGAAUCCUGUCAAGGGCAACGUGAUCAAACCUGUAGAGGGAGAGGUGGAGAAAGUGGAGUGGAGUCAACCCAGCAUUAACACUGUGGGGCUCAGAACGAGGUGCCUUCCUGACCAGGCUACUUUUCCCUGUACUCAACACCAGUACUCACCACCAGGUAACUGA